AUGGACAAAGACGAUCAUACGGGGGCCCACAAACGGGCCGCAUUCCCACAUUCGAAGCGGGGUACAGAAGGAAUAGGUAUCGAACAGAAAAUCACUGGGGCGCUGAUCGUUCCCACCAUCAUCACGGCAACGGACGCCGAUACUGGAAGUGCACGUGUUGCGACUUCACAACGAACUACAAAAGAUGACGACGAUGAGCCGCCCGCGAAACCUCCGGUUCCUCCGAUGGUCCGACUUGUGCCGAACAUCCUCCUUAGAGCCUCGAACGUUGUGAACGCCAGCCGAAAAGCUGGCGAGCUCCCUCGUAUCAUAACUAAAAUCAUCAAAAUUCAACCGAAACUCGAUCCCGCUCUGGCCGAAAGAGCGAAAGAACUCGCUGCCUCCGGCAAUUACGAUGAGCUGAUCUUCUCGAAGUUCAAGCGAGACGUCGCCAAGGUUCAGCACCAAUGCCGGAUCUGCGGUUACGAUUCGUUUCACCGCAACGCUAUCAUUCGUCACAUGCGCACCCAUACUGGAGAAACGCCUUUCAAAUGCGGCUACUGUACCUACAGCUCGUCUCAGAAGGCGAACUUAAUGCGGCAUUUGAAGCAACACGCGGGCGGUCGACAGAUCUCUCCCAAAGAGGUCAUAUCGGUUCAGGAGGACGAAGACGACGAAUCCGCCGCUGCGGCCGUCGCUGCGGCAGCCGCGGAGGAGCUCAGGUCUCAGAAGAGACAUUUUCCCAUCCAGAAACUGGUCAAUCACGGGGGUUCGACCAUCUCGACACCGCCGCAGACGCAAGCGCCGCGGAGCUCUUGUCCACGAUGUUCGCAGCACGUUCCGCAAGCGGCUCUUCGGAGCCACUUGCGUACCGUUCACAAGAUGGCCAACAUUGAACCGGCGCAAGAACCGACGCUGCAAGCUCCCAGCAUGAGCAUCAUGGCUGUCGCAACGACCUCUGGCUCUACGACGCCGGCGGUAACCAGCGCGGCAACGAGUGGGUCUGUGAACUCAGUCGCAGCCGCCGUGGCAGCAGCUGCUGCGGUUGCGGCAGCAGCAAGUGUUCCCGUUGCCGAUUCUUGCGGACCAAUUAAUCUCUCAACGAGCGGAUCGAACUUGACGAAUCCCGAGGGUCGAUUUGUCUGUGAUCAGUGCCAUUAUGAGACGAACAAUUUACAACACUACAAAAUCCACCAGAGGACGCACACGGGCGAGCGUCCUUACAAAUGUAGUCAAUGUGUCUACAAGGCCACACAGCUCUCGUCGCUCUACCGCCAUCAGCGAACUUUGCAUCCGCAGGGUCAACAGGGCAAGGAAACUCCGAAAAAGAGCAUUGGCCCUUGA